UCAACAUGAAUCCACAGCAGCAACCACAAGCUCCGUAUGCACCGUACGCACCACAGUACCAGGGCUAUACGGACCAGCCAGGAUAUCCGCCGCCACAACCACAGGCAGGAGGUGGUGGUUAUCCUCCAGCACCGUAUCCACCGCCAGGAACGCAAAGUCCGCAGCAGGGCUAUUGGGGCUCUCCAUACCCGCCGGCCGCACCACAGGGAUACGGACAACCGCAACAGAUGUACGCACCAAACCAACCGUACGGCGGAGGUGGCUAUCAGCCCGUCAUGGUGCAGCCGGGCAUGCCAGGCCAUCCAGCACCAGUAAUGGUACAACCAGGUGGCUGGAUGCCUAUUCCGCAAGGGAUACCGAACUGUCCGCCCGGCUUGGAAUACCUUACUGCCAUUGAUCAGCUGCUCGUGCACCAGAAGGUGGAGUUGCUGGAAGCGUUCACCGGCUUCGAGACGGCCAACAAGUACACAAUCAAAAACACGCUCGGCCAAAAGGUGUACUGGGCGAUGGAGGAUACGGGCUGCUGCAACCGGAUGUGUUGCGGUGCUGCCCGUGCCUUCGACAUGAAGAUUCUCGACACGUACCAGAACGAGGUGCUGCACUUUAAUCGUCCGCUGCGUUGCAGCUCCUGCUGGUUCCCGUGCUGUUUGCAGACGAUGGAGGUGACCGCACCGCCGGGCAAUGUGAUCGGGUACGUCGAGCAGGACUGGUCCAUCCUAACGCCACAGUUUAGCAUUAAGGAUCAGAACGGUGAUACGGUGCUGAAGAUUUCCGGUCCAUUCUGUACGUUCAGCAUCUGUGGUGACGUCGAGUUUGAGGUACUUUCCACCAACGGAACGCAGGUGGGCAAGAUCAGCAAACAGUGGUCCGGAUUGGGUCGGGAAAUGUUUACCGAUGCGGAUCAUUUCGGUAUCAACUUCCCAAUGGAUCUGGAUGUGAGGGUGAAGGCAACCCUACUCGGGGCACUGUUUUUGAUUGAUUAUAUGUUCUUCGAAAAAUCCGGCAACAAGGAACAGGACCGACCGGGAAUGUUCUAAACAACUUUUGCUUCCACACGGUGUCGUGGUGGUUGUGU